GCCGCCCAGCAAGAGGGUUCGCCGCAGUGUGUAUACGCGAGAAAAUUGUCACGCGAUUUUAUAAUUUCGAAUUCAGUAUUUUGUUUCCGUCUCAGCUGGAGUUUAUUGCAAGUUUAUUGCGCUAAAUUGAAUAUGGAGUAUAGUUAGGUGAUAUUUUGUGUUAAGUGUUAACAUAUUUUGAACCCCGCAGACUCAUAAACGGCAACAUGGAACUCAAGAGAGAUAUGUUUGUUUCUAUUAUUUGAGUAAGAAGAUGCUCGAAUAGUGCAAUUAGACCGUAUUGAGUGCGGUGGUAAAGGCCAUAAUUGAUUUGCUGAUUUAGCGUAAUCAAAAGUUUAUGAGUCUUCGAUUAACUUUUAUGAAAAGACAUUUUAAACUGAGUUAUUUUAAAACACGUUACCGUGAAGAUUUAUUCUGCGUUUUGAAGCCAGAAUCUUCAGCCAGCCACUGUAAGUCUAUCGCAGCUUUACUAUUCUCAAACCUUAAGUAUUGAAUAUGGACAAACUCACCGUGUAUCAACUGAAAUGUGAGCUAAAGGCCCGCGGGAGAGGGACCACAGGGAAUAAGGCUGAUCUGGUUGCUUCGCUGCGUGAUGCACUAGACGAAGAAGGAAUUGAUUUUGAGAGUUGGGCUGAAUUUGUCCCAAGUAAGGCCGCUGGGAUAUUUAACGCAAAUGAAAACAUGCCCCAAGCUAGUGCCGCCUUACCGAGUGGGCAACGAAGGAAUACCGUCGAAAUUACUGGAAGUGGCGAAGCUCCUCAAAUAAGCGAUACUAUUUCUAUCCAAACAUCUGCAUCGGCCGCUGAAAUGACAAGGUUAAAAUUGAUAGAAGAAGACGCGCUUCGUGCGGGCUUAGAAGCACAGCUGAAAAUUGUGCUAGAAAAACAGGAGUUAGAUAGAAAGAUGUCUGAAUUGGCAAGACAGAAGGAAAUUCUUGAAUAUACAGAGGCUAUAGAAAUUUCUAGAGCCAAGGUGAGGGCGCUAGGUAGACAUGAAGACCAUGAAAUAGUUGAAUCGAAUCGCGACAAAGAGACCCCGAGAUCGAUAUCGAAUGCUACGAACGACACGAACACGACAAACCGAAGGAGCCACGACGGCCAUCUAAAUACUGAGAGCAGCAAUAUUGCAGGACUGUUGAGACGAGAAAGGGAAAUAACUGCUGGGUUGAUGCGCUUGCCGCCUGUUGAAUUGCCCAAAUUUGGAGGUGAUGUUACUGAAUUUCCUCAUUUCAUGAAGGCAUUUAACCUAAAAAUUGCCUCAAAGCUGUCCACCGACGAAGAAAGAUUAUUUUAUUUAGAGCAGAAUAUGAUUCCAGAAAGCAAGCCACAUAGUAUCGUUACAGCUUGCUUAUACCUGGAUAACGGCUACGAAGAAGCUAAGAACCUUCUCACACGACGGUACGGUUCAGAGAGCGUUUUGGCAGCGGCAUUUGUUGAUCAAUUUGAAAAUUUAUUGCAGUUGAAACCAGACGAUAUUGAAGGGUUAGACCAUUUUGCACUGGAGCUUAUGAAGUGCAAGAAUGCCUUUGGUGUAAAUAGCGCAGCCAUGAGUGACCCCAGAACCCUGAGGAGUAUAAGCGCCAAGUUACCCGUUCACUCGCAACACAGAUGGCGACAUCGAGCCGACUCCAUUAAUGAAAAUGAGGGUAGAGCAGUGGUGUUUGAUGAUCUAGUGAACUUCGUUGUACAGGAGGCAAGAGUUGCAACCAAUCCUGUGUUUGGAAAUCGUGGGUCAAAUGCAACUGUAAGGCAAAAUAACUCUGUCACUGUGGGCAGAUUUCGUUCAAAACCGCUGGUGGCCGCGACACGGAUGGUUAGUGCCGGAGCAAGCCCAUGUAUUCACUGUCAAGAUAAGGGGCAUGAACUCACCGAUUGUAGUUGCUUUGCGAAGUUGCCACACCAGGACAAAAUUGCCAUUAUUAGGGAUUCAGCGCUGUGUUACGGCUGCUUGAAGCAAGGCCAUCGCAGUACUGACUGUAGACGACGAGCUAGCUGUUCCAUUUGUGCUUCCCGACAUCCUACAUCUCUCCAUAUCAAUAGAUCAGGAGGCAACAGUGAAAGAUCAGAAAAUGGUGUCCCAAAUGUAACAUCUUGCACCACGAAAGGUGGUGCAUCCGUCUCAUUUAGACCGGCUCUCCCGAUCGUCCCUGUUGUCCUACAUCACGGUCUUGAAAGGAAAUGUACACUUGCUUUUCUGGACAGCGGAUCAACUCAUUCAUUUAUUUCAGAAGGAUUGCUUAAAACUUUGAAACUACAGAGCCUGCCACAGACCAGACUAUCGCUGACAACAGUUGACAGAGAAGUUAGCAUCACGACACGAAUAGUCAACGGAGCUUGGUUGUCGGACGAGAAUGGUGGGAACAUUUUAGAGCUGCCUCAGUUGUUUUCUCUCGAAAAAAUUCCAGUGGACUUUGCUGAUUUUCCUACUCAAACUGAAAUAAGUAAAUGGAAACAUCUGGAAGGGGUCAAACUAGAUCUGUGCCAAAAUGAAGAAGUUGAACUUUUAUUGGGCUCCAACGCCUUUUUAGCCAUGGAACCAUUAGAAGUGGUGACAAGCAACGGAGAGGGUGGUCCUUUUGCCGUGCGAACAAGAUACGGAUGGGUUGUGAGCGGUCUCCGUGGGGUAUCAUCACCAUUUCCAGCGAAAUGUUACAAAACACUGGUACAUCCUGAGUUGCAACACCUUGAAGGGCUUGUACAACAGCUAUACAACAAGGAACAUGAAGAAAAUCUACAUUCAAAUAAAAUGGGACCAUCUGUUGAGGACAAGAAAUGGGAGAAAUUCGUUCACGCGUCAACUAGACUGAUUAAAGAUCAUUAUGAGGUGGGACUACCGGUUGUAGAUGAAGGGCUGAUUCUGCCAAAUAACAGGAAUAUGGCGGCAAGCAGGCUACUGAGCUUGAGAAAUAAGCUUAGGCGGAGUGAUAAAUUGGCGUCCGAUUACAAGCUAUAUAUGAAAAACAUGUUGCAAAAUGGUUUCGCAGAGCCCGUACCAAAUGCCGAUUUAUCCAGAAAUGAUGGUAAGGUAUGGUAUCUUCCACAUCACGCCGUUCAGCAUCCCCAAAAACCGGACAAGGUUCGCAUUGUAUUUGAUGGCGCCGCAACCUUUAAAGGAAUCUCUUUAAAUGACAAUCUUUUGCAGGGACCAGACCAAACGAAUGCACUUUUAGACGUGUUGACCAGAUUCCGUAUGGAGAACAUAGCUUUCACAGCCGAUAUUGAAAAUAUGUUCCAUCAAGUUUAUGUUCCAGAGUCUGACCGCGAUUUAUUCAGAUUCCUGUGGUGGAAAGAUGGCGAUCCUCAAAAUGAUAUAUUGGAAUACCGCAUGAAAGUUCAUGUUUUUGGAGCCACUUCUUCACCCAGUAUAGCAUGCUUUGCAUUACGCAAGACAGCUUUAGACAACCGAGGGUGUUUCUCGAAUGAAAGCUGUGCUACUAUUGAGAAGAAUUUUUACGUCGACGACUUGCUGAAGGCAAUGCCUGACGAAGGAAGCGCUAUACUGCUGCUUCGAGACCUGAUGGUUUUGUGCAAACGAGGGGGAUUUACUUUAAAGAAGAUUUCGAGCAAUAGUUCCGCUCUGAUUGCAUCCAUUCCUAGCGAAUCGCGGUCUAAGCAAUUGGCGUACUGGACCAGCGAUAGUAGUCACCUUCCCACUGAGCGAGUAUUGGGUGUAAUCUGGGACACUGAACAAGAUGUGUUAAAGAUGGCAUUGGAUCACGACAAGCUAGUUGCCCGGCCGAUGACAAGACGAGGAUUACUGUCAGCUGUAAGCUCCUUGUAUGAUCCAAUUGGCAUGUCAUGCCCAUCCAUGCUGAAGGGACGCCUCAUCUUGCAAGAAUUGAGCAGGCUACAUAAUGGAUGGGAUGAUAGUAUUCCGCUUGUCAAGCAGCAAGAGUGGACGGCUUGGCUAUCAGCUCUAAAUGAAGUGAAUGAAUUGUCAGUGAAUCGUUGUGUAAAACCUGAUAACUUUGGAGACGUAGUAUCUUGUCAACUUCAUCAUUUUGCUGACGCCAGUGAAGUAGCAUACGGAACGGUUUCUUACAUCCGGCUUACGAAUGCCAAAGGACAAAUCUGUUGUUCUUUUCUCAAGGGCAAGAUGCAUUUAGCGCCUCUCAAAGGAGCUACAAUACCUCGUCUGGAGCUCAUGGCGGCAACGACGGCGGUAAAAAUAUGCUCCCUGAUAGGUGAUACCAUUGAAUUCGAUGAUGUCGAGCAUAUAUUUUGGACUGACAGCACCACCGUUUUAAGGUACAUUCAGAACAAAGCGAAGCGUUUUCACACCUUUGUAGCAAAUAGAUUGGCAAUAAUCCACGAUGGGUCAAGGCCAGAACAAUGGAGGUAUGUCAAUAGUUCAGACAAUCCAGCUGACGACGUGUCUAGGGGUGUCCAAAGUAAGAGAUGGCUGAAUGGACCUGAAUUCCUUUGGAAGGACAAAGGCUUUUGGCCCUCAGCACCGAUCGCCUUCAGGGAGGUGACGGAGGACGACCCCGAAGUGCGAAAAACGGCGAUAUGCGCUAAAACUGCGAUUGUACCAGAUUCUGAAACUCCGAUGGAGCGGCUCAUUUUACAUUAUAGUCAGAAAGAAUCCCUGCUCAGAGGAUUGUCGUGGCUGUCACGAUUUACAAGAUCACUUAAGGAAGGACAGAAGGGGUUUAUAAAAAUGUCUCCCCCUUUGUGCUAUGAGGAGCAACGUGAAGCAGAAAAGAAAAUAAUUCGACAUAUACAAGAACAUGAAUUUCCAAGGGAGUAUGAAAACCUGUCAGUUGGCGCUGAGGUACCAAGAACCAGUCGAUUAGUGAAGCUUCACCCUUUCAUGCAAGACGGUAUCAUUAGGGUAGGUGGAAGAUUAGCAGAGGCUUCGAUUUUAGAAGAAACAAAACAUCCUAUCGUUAUUCCGAGUCGUGGUCAUUUUACAGAACUACUCAUUACGGACGCCCAUGAAGCCGUAGGGCACAGUGGGAGACAGUUCACGCUAGCGAAACUUCGAAAACGUUUUUGGAUUCUGAAGGGAAUUUCAAGUGUAAGACGUGUUCUAAACAGUUGUUUGAGUUGCACUAAACUCUACCGACCACCUGAAUCACAACAAAUGGCCAAUCUUCCGUCUGACAGAGUGCAAGCUCAAGAGCCACCGUUUACGCGAACAGGUGUGGAUUACUUUGGACCAUUUUAUGUCACUCAAGGUCGUUCACAGGUCAAGAGAUAUGGGGUCAUAUUCACCUGUCUUGCUAUCAGGGCCGUACAUCUGGAGGUUGCUGAAAAUCUGACGUCAGACUCAUUCAUUUGCGCCCUGCGCAGAUUCGUUGCACGUAGAGGUAAUGUUCAAAUACUAAGGUCUGACAACGGAACAAAUUUUACUGGAGCCAACAGGGAACUGCGCUUAGAGAUGACAAGGUUAUCAGAAAAUGAGCAUGUGUUACAAAGAGCAAUGCUCAAGCGAGGAAUUACAUGGAAAUUCGACGUGGCAGGCGCCUCCCAUCAUGGUGGGGUGUGGGAACGUCAGAUACGAUCCAUACGAAGAAUACUCGAAUCCCUUUUAACAUCGCAAUCGCUCAAGGAAGAGACACUCCGAACCAUAUUUUGUGAAGUUGAAAACAUACUGAACAGUAGACCGCUUACGCCAGUAUCUAGCGACGUCAGGGACGAUCCACCUCUCUCGCCAAAUGACAUUCUUCUUCUGGGAGGACAUGGUGUAACGUUACCAUUCGGAGUCUUCUCCCAGGCGGACCAUGGAAAUAGAAAAAAAAUGGAAGCAAGCUCGUCAUUUCGCAAAUGUUUUUUGGACACGGUGGAGAUCCGAAUACUUACCGACUCUACAAGAAAGGCACGUUAUGACAGAAACAAGAAAGAACUUUCAACCAGGAGACACAGUUCUGCUUGUUGAUGAUAGUGUUCCCAGAGGCCAGUGGCCACUCGGUUUGAUUGAAGCUGUUCGAACUAGUUCCGAUGGAUUGGUUCGAUCUGCGACUGUCCGAACAAGAGGGACAGUAAUGCAGCGCCCAGUGACAAAACUGGUGAAGUUAAAUUGAAACCUCUCGUUUUCGACCCCUCGUGGUUUCAAGGAGGUGGGUGUUGGCGCCGCCCAGCAAGAGGGUUCGCCGCAGUGUGUAUACGCGAGAAAAUUGUCACGCGAUUUUAUAAUUUCGAAUUCAGUAUUUUGUUUCCGUCUCAGCUGGAGUUUAUUGCAAGUUUAUUGCGCUAAAUUGAAUAUGGAGUAUAGUUAGGUGAUAUUUUGUGUUAAGUGUUAACAUAUUUUGAACCCCGCAGACUCAUGUAAGUACGCAUUUUGUUGUGGUAAUAGACACGACUUUCGUUAGUAGUGAGAGUGACGAUCUUGGUUAUAUCUGUAACGUUAGAUCUUGUAUGAGAUGAUUUAGGUAAAUGCAUAGUGUUGUUGUCCUUAAACCUAUGUCUCCAAGUUGUAUGACGUGAUGUCAUGUAUUCCAGAAACGGCAACAUGGAACUCAAGAGAGA